AUGGCUUCAACUCCAAGACUUGCCAUGAAAACAAUAUUCCUCGUACUCAUCUUGGUCUCUUUUACUAUCUCUCCGGCAACUUCAACGGCGCCGGAAGACUGCGCAAGCGAGUCAGCGAACCCGUGCGUCAACAAGGCUAAAGCAUUGCCUCUCAAAGUCAUAGCAAUAGCAGCAAUCCUAGUUGCAAGUAUGAUUGGUGUUGGGGCUCCUCUCUUUAGCCGAAACGUACCGUUCCUUCAACCUGACGGGAAUAUUUUCACUAUUGUUAAGUGUUUCGCCUCGGGGAUUAUCCUUGGAACCGGUUUUAUGCACGUUUUGCCUGAUUCUUUUGAGAUGUUGUCAUCACUAUGCCUUGAAGAGAACCCGUGGCACAAGUUUCCGUUCUCUGGAUUUCUGGCUAUGUUGUCCGGUCUUAUUACUCUAGUCAUUGAUUCCAUGGCUACGAGCCUAUACACUAGCAAGCACGCAGCUGGGAUCGUACCACAUGGUCAUGGUCAUGGUCACGGCCGCGAAAAUGAUGUGACCUUACCAACAAAAGAUGGUGAUUCCAGUAGUGCACAACUCUUACGAUAUCGAGUCAUUGCUAUGGUAUUGGAACUUGGAAUCAUAGUUCAUUCUGUAGUCAUUGGACUAUCUUUAGGAGCAACAAGUGAUAUUUGCACUAUUAAAGGACUCAUCGCAGCUCUUUGCUUUCAUCAAAUGUUCGAAGGCAUGGGUCUUGGUGGUUGCAUUCUCCAGGCUGAGUAUACGAACUUGAAAAAGUUUCUUAUGGCGUUCUUUUUCGCGAUAACAACACCAUUCGGAAUAGCUUUAGGGAUCGCUCUUUCUACUGUUUAUAGAGACAACAGCCCCAGUGCAUUGAUUACUGUUGGAUUACUCGAUGCAUGCUCCGCGGGAUUGCUCAUCUACAUGGCCCUUGUCGACCUUCUAGCUGCCGAGUUUAUGGGACCAAAGCUUCAAGGUAGCGUCAAAAUGCAAAUCAAAUGCUUUAUUGCAGCUCUUCUAGGGUGCGGUGGCAUGUCGAUCAUCGCCAAAUGGGCUUAA